AAAUAAGAAGUUGGAUUUUGAGCAUGUUAGAACUAAAAUAGCUAACAAUUCUUUUGAAAAUAGAAAAACUAUAUAUAAAAAUAAUAAUGAAGAUCAGAUAUAUGAAAUAAUUGAAUUAUUGAGUGAUGAAAACUAUGCAUUUGAAAUAAUUGAAUUAUUAAAUAACAAUGAUAAAAACCAAAAACCCAAAAUAAUCAAAUUAUUGAGUGAUGAAGAAGUAAUGUUUGAAGAAAACCAAAGAAUUAUUUCUAGAGAUCAAAUAUCUGAAAUAGUAAAAGAAAUAAUUGAAAUAACUUAG